CCGGGACGUAACAAUCAAUGGAACCUUAUGAAGAAGGGAGUCACGAGGGGUUCAGUAGUCAAGCAUUGGGCUGUUCUUGACUUCACUGCCUUUGAGAGGAACACCAACUCCAGGAUGGCUAACGACUUUGUGGGCCUCCUUAUUAAUCGUUGUGGGACACUUGGGAUGCAGCUGGAGGAUCCCAUCAUUUUCAAAUCAGCAAGAAUGGAUUUGCUUUCUAAAGCUAAUGCUCUCGAGGAUUUGCUUCGACAAGUGAUUGACGAGGCUAGUCAUAAGCAUGGUGGGGCUCGCCCAACUCUUGUUCUGUGUGCUAUGUCUGCGAGGGUUGAUGGCUACAAGACUCUCAAAUGGAUAGCCGAGACCAAGCUUGGUCUGGUGACUCAGUGUUUCUUGACCAAUUCCGCCAAUAGAGGAGGUGACCAGUAUCGGGCAAAUCUCGCCCUCAAGAUCAAUGCAAAAGUUGGCGGAAGUAAUGUUGAGCUGAUGGAUACUGGCUACUCUUUCUUCAAAAGAGAGGACGAGGUCAUGUUCAUUGGUGCUGACGUCAACCAUCCUGCUGCUCGAGACCAGACGAGCCCCUCCAUUGUUGCUGUUGUGGGCACUCUAAACUGGCCUGAAGCUAACCGUUACGCAGCUAGAGUCAUUGCACAGCCUCGCCGGAAAGAGGAGAUUGAAGGAUUUGGUGACGCGUGCCUUGAGCUUGUUAAAGCUCAUUUUCAGGCCACAAAGAAACAGCCUAACAAGAUCGUUAUCUUCCGUGAUGGUGUCAGCGAUGGUCAGUUCGACAUGGUUCUUAAUAGUGAGUUGCUUGAUGUGAAGCUUACUUUUGGGAGGAACAACUACUUCCCCAAGAUUACUGUAAUCGUGGCGCAGAAACGUCAUCAAACCCGUUUCUUCCCUGCUACACCCAAUGACGCAAGUGACAAGGGAAAUGUUCCUUCAGGUACGGUGGUCGAUACCAAAGUCAUCCACCCGUUUGAGUACGAUUUCUACCUCUGCAGUCACCAUGGAGGCAUAGGGACAAGCAAGCCCACUCAUUAUUAUGCCCUUUGGGACGAACUCGACUUCACUUCAGAUCAGAUGCAGAAGCUUAUCUUCGACAUGUGCUUCACUUUCACUCGCUGCACCAAACCUGUGUCUCUCGUUCCUCCAGUCUACUAUGCGGACAUGGUCGCAUUUAGAGGAAGAAUGUACCACGAGGCGAGUUCACGGGAGAAGAACAUUAGGCAGCCACGAGGAGCGCCUCCCCCACCGGCCGAUUCACUUUCUGCUCUGACCUUGGAGGACAAAGCAAUAUUCAAGUUGCACAAGGAGCUUGAGAACGUUAUGUUCUUUGUCUGAAAAAAAGGUUUGGGGGGUUAUUAUAUUUGUGUUUUUGGGUACCUAAGCUGAAGUUAAAAAUGCUAUUAUAUUGAAUAUCGGAACAGCCCUAAUAACGCAGUUUUACUCCUUUUUCUGGUAGAAAGGAGUUUGUGCGUGAAUCUAAUUGGGUUUAUUGCAGUGUGUUUCUCUUUGUUUUAAAGUCUUUGUGUUGAAAUCGGUUUGUGUUUGGUAUUGUAUUGCUCUUUCGAGCAGAGACUGCAUUAUGUAAUGGUAUUUUAUUAUAUAAUUAUAUAAUUAA